CUACAACAACCCCACCAACCACUACAACUGAAACGACAACCCCUACUACAACUGAAACGCCGACCACAACAGCUACAACAACCCCGGCGACCACUACAACUGAAACACCAACCACAACCACAACCACAACUGAAACACCAACCACAACCACACCUACACCCACACCCACACCCACAUCUUCUGUACCUAUCUGCCCUGACUGGGAUGUUUCACAAAAUGAGACCUUCUUGUUGUGCAACUGCACCAUGGCCAAAUGCAUUGAGAACAAGACAAUUGAAAUAAUUCCAUAUAUAUGUCCACCCAUAAAGCCCAUCACUUGUACCAAUGGAGCGGAUCCAGUUCUUGUGUGGGAUGAGUGGCAUUGUUGUCAGCAUCUUGCUUGUGACUGUGAAUGUACAGGAUGGGGAGAUCCUCAUUACAUCACAUUUGACGGGCACUACUACAGUUAUCAAGGAAACUGUACUUACGUCUUGAUGCAAGAGAUUGUACCAAAACAUAGCUUGUACAUUUAUAUUGACAAUGUCUAUUGUGAUCCCACCGAAGAUGUUUCUUGUCCGCGAUCAAUCAUUAUUUCAUACCAUCGGGAAGUUGUCACACUCUUAAACCAUGACCUUCUUGGAGGAGCAGAGUUGGAGGUGCUGAAAGAUGGUGUACCUCUGAAAUUACCUUAUUCACAAAACAAUGUUAAAAUCAUGGAUACUGGCAUUAACUUGGUUUACGAGAUCCCUCGCCUAAGAGUAGUCAUUACCUUUGGAAUAACUGGCUUUAGUGUCUUCCUUCCGUAUCAAAACUUUGGCGAUAACACAGUGGGCCAUUGUGGAACAUGCAAUAACAACCAGGCUGAUGACUGCAGGUUGCCUGGAGGCCAGUUGGUGGAAAAUUGUGCUGUGAUGGCCGACUAUUGGCCUGCAAAGGACAUUAACAAGCCGAUCUGCGAAAUACCUUCUGUAUUGCCCACCAAUGCACCUGAACCCGAACCAACCUUAUCUCCAUGCAAGCCACACUCCAUGUGUGACAUGCUUCAUAGCAGUCUCUUUGCACCAUGCCAUCCCUUUGUCUCUCCUGACAAUUUCUUCAAAGGUUGUGUUUUUGAUAGCUGCCAUGUUUCCAACCCAGCAGUGGAGUGCACAAGUUUGCAGACUUAUGCUGCAGCUUGUGCUCAGGCUGGGGUUUGUCUUCACUGGAGGAACCACACCCAGCUGUGUACAAGUGACUGCCCAUCGAACAGAGUUUACAAGCCAUGUGGUCCCGCAGAACAGCCGACCUGUGAUGACAAUCCUAAUGAACCAACUCUUAACUACACUACUGAGGGCUGCUUUUGUCCUGAUGGAACGAAACUCUUCAACAAAGACUCUGGAAUAUGUGUUGAUAAGUGUGGAUGUCUCGAUCCUGAGGGCAAUCCUCGUGAGUUUAACGAGAGGUUUGAAUACAAAUGCCAAAACUGCAUCUGUUUGGAGGCAACCAAGACUGUGACUUGCAUGCCAAAGGAAUGCCCAACUACACCUGUAGUAGACUGCACCGGUCCUGGUUAUGUCCUCGUCAACCAAACUAGUCCAUCAGACCCCUGCUGCUCUGUCUUUGUUUGCCAGUGCCACAGCAACACUUGCCCAGCCCUUGACACAAGCUGUGCAGUAGGAUUUAAUCCAGUUAUUACUGUUCCUGAUGGGAAAUGCUGUCCUGAACGUACAUGUGAGCCUAAAAGAGUUUGUGUCCACAAAAAAAUUGAAUAUCAGCCGGGCAGUUCAGUUCCUGCAGCUCCAUGUCAGGAUUGUAUCUGUUCCAAUGAGGUGCAGACAGAUACUGGUCUAUUGAAAGUAAAGUGUGAGUUUCAGAAAUGUGAAGAAAAAUGUGACUUGGGUUAUAAAUAUGUGGAAACUGAUGAAGAUGAAUGCUGUGGGAAGUGUGUACAGACACACUGUGUCGCCAGUGUUAAUAACACAGAGACUCUCCUGAACCCAGGAGAUACCUGGUCACCACCUGACAAUAAGUGUCUGCAUUACACCUGUAUCAGGGUCGGUGACACUUUAACAUUGUUCAAUUCCCACAUUGUCUGCCCGCCAUUCCAGCAGAGCAACUGCCAACCUGGCACAAUUCAAACUGCAGCAAAUGGCUGUUGUAGAAUCUGUGAGCCAAAGGAGAAUGGCUGCAAGUUACUAGCCAUGAAACAAUACAUUCAGCACAAGGGCUGUCAGUCUUACCAGGAGGUAGAUAUGCCCUAUUGUGAAGGAUCCUGCAACACUUUCACCAUGUACUCUAAUGCAGCAGCUGCCAUGCAGCAUUCUUGCUCCUGCUGCAGGGAGACACGCUCCAGCAAUCGCACUGUUGAUUUGCGCUGCCUGAAUGGAGAUGUAGUUCCCUACACAUACAUCCAUGUAGAGCAGUGUUCCUGCGGCCAGUCAACCUGCGCCCCAGCUGCUGCUCAGCCUGCUCGCAGGAGGCGAAGCUUCACUCUGGUGUAAUAAAAACAUCCGUCAUUACAUUAAUUUAUGUGGAAUGAAAAAGUUUCUUCCCAUAUUGUAUUAAAAAUCAUCACAUCUCUAGAAAGUAAAUACCU